GGCUAGGAAACAUAAUCCAGAGGUCCCCCCAAAACUCGACCGAGCUAGUCGUCCGAUUCCGGAUCUCAAAUGGUUGGGGAAGGAAUACAUUCCAUGGGCUUAUCCUGAGAGAAAUAAUAAAACAGUGAGCCCAGAAUCUUUACGUGAAGUUUGUUCCUUUGGCAAUCAAGAAGGUCCGGUCUAACUGCCACUAUGCCUCGUCCUAUGCGAAGAAAGCGUCCCGUAGGGGGCCAAAAUGUACAAGCUCAAUCCAAUGUAUCAGGGUCGAAGUCUCCUCCACAAGUGUUCGCGCGCCAGAUCCAAGGCCCCGUUGAAGUCAAAUCGCUCAGCUACAGUGUACAAAAGAAAAAGAAGAAGAAAAAGGGAGAACAGGAUGAUGCUGAGGUGGAGAAAGAAAAAGUUCAGGAGGAAGAGGAAGAGGAUGAGGAAUGGUUAGCACAGAAGAAAAGACGAGAGGAAUCGCUGAAGCAAUUUGAGCUUCUCACUCAGAGGAAGAACCAAAGGAAAUUGGACAAGAAGAGGAAGAAGGAGGAGGUAAUAAGACAAAGGGAAGAAGCUAUCAAACGAAAGAAGGAGAAUGAGGCGGAGGAGAAGGAAUGGCUGAAGAGGAAAGCCCGUCUGGCAGAGAUUCGUAAAGCAAGAGGCCUGGUCGGUGAUGGCACUGGUGAUGCUCAAGCAGCGCCACGCCCACCUCCUCCAGGAAGAGGGCGUGGCCAAUUUAGAGGGCGUGGCAGAGGUCGUGGUCGAGGGAGAGGAAGGGGGAGAGGAUUACCACCCCCAGGCAGGAAACAACCCCCUCCGCUGGGGCGCGGGGGUCGUAGGCCGGGCACCCUUGGGAAGCAACCAACAAUGGAAGCCAUCAUCGAAGAGCAAGAAGGAGAUAAACUCUCACGUCAGGCGUGGACCGAAGCUUCUAAGGACUCACAUCAUCCAGAUGCUCCUGAAGUCUCAACCCAGAAAAGAAGUCUGUCUCGAGUCGAUGAUACCGCAGAUGAAACGAAAGAUGAAAAGCAAGAGGAAGUUAAAACAGAUGGAGACCAGGUAGAACCACCUCCAAGAAAGAGUAAAAAGUUCUCGAAGGUAGCCGGUUUUGUUGCUAGAAUGCUUAAAGCAAAACAGAAAGAAGUCCCAGAAGGGAAAACUGUUGACGAGGAAGGUGAUGAAGGUGAAAAGGAUAGCGUUCCACGUCAGGCCUGGACUGAACCUGGUCAUAAAGCGCAACCUUCAGAUAUUCCUGAAGCUUUGGUCAAGAAGAGACGUUUUUCUAAAACGGAUGAUGAAGGAGAAUUGCAAGAUAUUGAAGGGGCGAAAGACGACGACGAGAAAGAAGGGAGUGCAAAAGACGUAGAUGAAACCCAACCACCUCCUCGUAAGAAUAUCAAGUUCUCCAAAGUGGCUGGUUUUGUUGCCAGAAUGAUAAAGGCAAAAAAUAAAGCAGCAGUCCCACCAACUGGAUCUGAAGGAACGAAAGACAUCCAAAAAGAGGCUGAUGACAACAAGAUAGUUGACGAUUUAUCUCCAAGACCUAAAACCGAAGAUGAGGUAGAGGAACCAGAUCGUGCCAAAUCAAAAUUAAAACGCCAAACCACUUUCCACGAUGGUCUGUCUGAUGAGCACCGGCUCACUCCAGUGGAGGAACCCGAAAAAGAGAGAAAGGGAUCAAUAGUUGAAGAAACGAAAUCUGUUGGAAGUGAGGCUAAAGAGGGGAAGUCCCCAGCUGAAGGUGACAGAAGUGCCGGUUCUGGAGAUAGUGAAAAGGAUUCAUCAGAGAAUGAUCAAAGAAAGGAGGUAGCAAUAGACAAGGUAUCUCCAUCAGAAAGUGACGGUGCUGAAGAAAAGGAAAGAGUCUCCUCAGAAGUGAAGUCAACCUCGGACAAGAGCCCAGGAGUGCCUAUUGAACAGGCUGAGGGUGAUUUAAAACCCGACACCGACGUAAGUGCAGGCCUGAUUGUGCCUUCCGUUGAGGGGAAAGAGAUUGUGACUGUGCAAGUGAAGAUAAUGGUUGACUCUCGAUCAACCCAGUGGACACCCCAUGACUUUGUUACACCUACAUUUCCGCAUGAGGAAAAAGACAGAGAGGACAUGAGUGAAAAGAAAGUCGACACCACACCAAGACCUGAGUCAGGCCAAGAACCCUCUCUUUCGCGAAAGUCAGGUGAGGAAAAAGUAGAAGAUGAAGUAAACGACAAAAUAAAUGAGAAAGAUUCUGACGCCUCCCCAAAACCUGAGUCGAGCUUAGAGCCCUCUCCUUCAAGGGCAUCAAGUGAGCAGAUUACGAAAGAAGAAGACGAGGAAAGACGAAGCGACUCAACACCGAAACCUGGGUCGGGUAUGGAUCGUAGUCCUUCGAAAGCUUCAAGUGAGCAAAAUGACGAAUAUAAAGAAAGUGUACUCAAAGAAGACCUAACAACAGAUGACAGUCAAAUGGUCGAUAUCUUUGAUAACAUUGUUGCAGACUUGGAUCGACCGGCUAACCCAAUACCCGAUAUGAAGAAGGUAACCGUGCCAAAAUUAGACCCGAGACCCGAUAAUCCGAUCCCCACUGAAAUACAUCCGAAAUUGAUUGAUAUUGAAAUUGAUGAUGAAUACUAUUUAGCAGGGAGGCUACCUAAAAGAACUUGGAAAUUCGAAGAUAAUUCAGACUACUUAGAAUUGCAGCUGUUUGCAAGGAAAGACAGGAUUGCUGAGCAGCGAAAACUUGAGAAGUUCCGAAAAACAGAAAUGGGUUCUCUUCUUGAUCUGGUACUAGAAGGAUCCAAGGUACUUCCUCUUGAGGUGUUCGAGACUGAAAGACACCACAGGGGUUUCGAAAAGAUAUUAACUUCUUUGGUAAACGAGGAAAGGAAACUCCAAACUCCACCUAAAAAGAAAGAACCUGGUGCAAAACAGAUAGAAAGUUCCUCCACCCCUGAAAACAUAGACUAUACCAUAGGUAGAGAGCCGCAGGAAACAGAUAAUAUUGAUGAAGAUUUUGGAGCACCUACUGAGGAUCACUUACCUACGAAGGACGAAUCAAGACCAGGAACACCAGUUGAGGAAGUUUCAACAGAUGCAUCGUCUCCACCAUCUGGCAAAGCAAGUCAGCUUUCAGGCAAAGAUGGAACGAAGUCACCAAAACUUGAAUCUCCCCAAAGGAAUGGGACAGGCAUAGAAGAAUCUAAAAGUGAAAAGGAUAUAUCGUCUCCGACAGCCAUCAAAGCAAGCCAACUUUCAGAAAAGGAUGGAACGAUGUCAUCAGAAACGAAAUCUCCUGAAAACGUCGUGGAAGAGGACGAGAAAACUCAACCUAAAACAGAUACAUCGUCUCCAACAGCCAGUGAAGUUACUAAACUUUCAGAAAAAGAUGGAUCGAAGUCACCAAAAACGAAAUCUUCCGAAGGUGUUGAGGCGGUUAAAGAGGAUUCUAAAACUGAAAAGGACAUAUCGUCUCCGUCAGGAAGUGAAGAAAGACAACCUUCGGGAAAAGACGGAGGGAAGUCACCAGAAACAAACUCCACCGAAAACAUAGAGACAGGGCAAGAGGAAACCGAAACGCCAGAAGAUACAUCAUCUCCAACAGCCAAAGACCCAAGCCAACUCUCAGGAGAAGAUGGAGCAAAGUCAUCAGAAAAGAAAUCUCCUAAAAGCGCCAUGACAGAUAUAGAGAUAAAUAUAACUCAGAUAGCAGUAUUACCUUCAAAUAUUCAACGAAAACAUGCCCUGUCACUUCUCGAGUCUGUACAGAUCGAUAUGAUGGGUGUGUUGGAGUUGGACGCAGAAUCCAAACCAUCUGAUGGAGCGGAGGGAAAUGCUUUGGUAGGAGAUGGGGGAACAACUCUCAGUGAUGAUGAUCUAGUAAUCAAGGAAGAGUGUACCUCCGAUCCAGAGGACCAUGACCGGAAAACAACUCCUGGUAAAUCAGAUUGCGAAUCUCCAGAGAAACUAAAACCAUUUUCUGGAAAGUCAACACCGAACGCAGAAAGAGAUUUACCCAAGGAACAACCAAUAGAAAUUGACAACGAUGUUAUUGAAGACGAAAUUUCAAAAGGUGAAGAAGAAGAAAAAGUAACGGAUGUAAACGAUGCUAAGAGCAUAAAAGAGACUUCGAGACCGCCGAGUAAGUUAAGUGAAGGAGACGAACAAAAAGAUAAAGAUAAGGACACCACUAAGGAAACAUUGAGGCCACCAAAUAAGGAGACCUCCAGACCUCCAACUAAGUUAAGUGACGAGGAAGAAAAAGACAAGGAAGCCAAAGACAUGGAGACUGUUAAGGAGAUUUCUAGGUCAUCAUCUAAGUUAAGUGAUGGCAAAGAAGAAAAUGUCAAAGAUGUCAAAGAUAAUGAAAGCGGUAGACAGAUUUCGAGGGCACCAACUAGGUUAAGUGAUGGCAAAGAAGAGAAAGAGGACCUCCAAGAAAGAGAAAGUAGAAAAGAAGCCUCAAGGGCCUCAAGUAAGAUAGGUGAUGGAAAAUUAGAGCAAGCAAGGGACGUGAAAGAUAAAGACAGCAGUAAGGAGAAUUCCAGACCACCGACUAAGUUAAGUAAUGGCAAAGAAGGAAAUGAAAAGGAUGUCAAAGAUGCUGAUAGCGGUAAAGAGAUUUCGAUGACACCAACUAAGUUAAGUGUUGGCAAAGAAGAGAAAGAGGACAUCCACGAUAGAGAGAGCAGAAAGGAGGUCUCGAGGGCAUCAAGUAAGUUAAGUGAUGGAAAAUUAGAACAAGAAAGGGACGUGAAAGAUAAAGAGAGCAGUAAGGAGACGUCCAGACCACCGACUAAGUUAAAUGAUGGCGAAGAAGAAAAGAAAAAAGAUGUCAAAGAUACAGAGACUGUAAAGGAGAUUUCUAGGUCAUCAUCUAAGUUAAGUGAUGGCAAAGAAGAGAAAGAGGACAUCCAAGAUAGAGAGAGCAGAAAGGAGGUCUCGAGGGCAUCAUGUAAGUUAAGUGAUGGAAAAUUAGAGCAAGAAAGGGACGUGAAAGAUAUAGACAGCAGUAAGGAUGAUUCCAGACCACCGACUAAGUUUACUGUUGACGGAGCAGAAAAGGAAAAGAAUGACAAAGAUACUGAUAGCGGUAAAACGAUUUCGAGAGCACCAACUAAGUUAAGUGAUGGCAAAGAAGAGAAAGAGAACAUCCAAGAUAGAGACAGCAGUAAAGAGACAUCCAGACCACCGACUAAGUUAAGUGAUGGUGAAGAAGAAAAGGAAAAGGAUGUCAAAGAUACUCAUAGCGGUAAAGAGACUCCCAGACCGCCGACUAAUUUAAGUGAUGGCAAAGAAGAGAAAGAGGACAUCCAAGAUAGAGAGAGCAAACAAGAAGCCUCGAGGGCAUCAAGUAAGUUAAGUGAGGGGAGAGAAGAAAAAGACAAUGCAAAGGACGUCAAAGAUACAGAGAACAUAAAAGAAACUCCCAGACCACCGACUAAGUUAAGUGAUGGCAAAGAAGAGAAACAGAGCGUCCAAGAUAGAGAAAGUAGAACAGAAGCCUCGACAGCGCCUACUCAGUUAAGUGAUGGCGAGGAAGAAAAAGAAAAGGAUAUAAGAUAUAGAGAUAACAGAAAAGAAACCUUAAGGCCACCAACUAAAUCGAGUGAUGGGGCAAAGGAGAAAUUAAAGGAUGCCAAAGAUACUGACAGCUUAAAAGAGUCUUCUGUACCACCGAAUAAGGCAAGUGAGGGAAAAGAAGAAGUAGAGGGUAUUAAAGAUAGAGACAGCACAAGAGAAACAUCGAAACUGCCGACUAAGUUAAGUGAUGGAGAUGUAGAACAUGAAAAGGAUUUGGUCAGUAGUAAGUCGGAUUCGAGGCCUUCAAGUAUAUCAAAUGAUGGAAAAGAAGAAAAACAGAAGGAUGUCGAAGAUACACAGAGCAUAAAAGAGACCUCGAGAUCACUGACUAAGUUAAGUGAUGGAAAAGAAGAAAUUGAAACGUCUAGACCUCCGAGUAGUGUAAAAGAUGAGACCGAAGCUACUUUAAUUAAUAUGACUGAAGAUUUUUACUAUCCUUGGCUGUAUCCAAUUGAAAAGGAUACCAUAGUACUGGAAGAUAGAGAAGAUGCAUCUCCAAGUAAAAGUGCAGAAACCAAAUCCCGAGAACAAACGCCAAGAUCUGUAGCAGAGUUUGCAAGGGCGACUAAACCAAAAGAAGAGGUAGAUGGCCAGUCACGCGAUUCAAAAGAACCACAGGAGCACACGUCACCACCCAAACCUGAGACGGAAGAUAACGAAGAUAAACAAUCGUUGCCGAGUCAGGCAAAAGAUGACACGAAAGGUGAUGAGCUUGCAGUAGUGAAUGUCCUCCCCACUGGGUCCCCUGCAAAAGAGGCAGCAGAAGCAUCUUCUCCGAAAAUCAGAAAGACUCCAAUUGACACCGUAGAAACCGUUGUUUCUCAAAGUCAACUCUCUCGUAAAACGAAAUCAAGAACAUCAUCAGAAAGGAUACAUUCAGGGAUAAGAACAACGUCCGGGGAUCAUACUGACAAGAAGCGGUCGACAAGUCAACUUUCUGAGAAAAGUGAAGUCAAAGUCUCGUCAGAAAUUCCUAGCUCUAGGGAUAAAUCAGCCAAUACAAUUGCAGAUGCCGAUGAAGUUACAUUACCAACUGACACCCGAUUGCCUGAUCCUAAAGAGGCGGAUUCUGUGAAAAUCCUGCCGGGUGAGAAAACUCUUCCGCAAAGUGCAAAACUGGAUGAGGCUCAAAGAGACACCAAAGUGCCCACGGAUGUCAUUUCAGAAGGUUCAGCGGCUAUUGGUAAGAUCCCAAGAGUAAAACCAGGGGAACCAGCAACUGAUCGUUCUAAAUCUGAAGAAGGUGGCGUUGAUGCUGGUUUGAUGGUUGCAGAUUUGGUUCUUGUGAGUCAGAAAAUUAAUCCCACUGACGAUACGGAUGCAAAAUCUAGAGAGAAAGGUGGAGACAAAAUUGCCCUGCUAGAAAACCCACUUAUAGGCAAGGAGCAGCUAACAGCUGAAAGGGGGCGCGGAAGAGGAAGAGGAAGAGGGCGUGGAAGAGGGCGUGGUCGAGGAAGAGGACGAGGUAGAGGCGUGGUACAGGAUGGGGAAGAAGUUCAGCCGCAAGAAGGAGAUCAGGUUGAGCAGCGAGGUAGGGGGCGUGGACGAAGAGCACGUGGGCGUGGCAGAGGGCGUGGUCGUGGAAGAGGGAGGGGUCAAGUGCCAGAUAAUGUUGACGACCAUCCUCGAGAAGGCGACAUUCCUGCAAUAGUGGACGAAAGCGAAUUAAAGAAACAACCUAAAGGAGAGGAAGGUCAGAAAAUCACUCAUUCAGCUGAUGUGUCUGUUGUGGAAGAGAAGGUGACGGAUAGAGAGAAUGUAUCAGAAACAGAAAAGGGCAAAACUACAAAGGGAGAUAUCGGAACAGAUGACAAAGACAUCAAAGAAAGAACAGAAUCUCAGGAAAGUCGAAGUGUUAAAACGAGAGAGGAAAGUAAGCCGUCAGAAGGCAAUAUUGAAGCAGGUGAGAAAGAAAUCAAAGGAGGAAAAGAAUCGCAGAAAAUUGGAAGUGCUGAAAUAAGUGAAGAAAUCAAGGCGUCGAAGAAGGAUGUCGAAACACAUGGCAAAGAAAUCAAAGGAAGAGCCGACUCAAAGGAAAGUGGAAGUGAUCGAAUGCCUGAAGCUGAUGCUAGUGUUCAUCGUGUUCAUUCAUCAGAAUCAGUGAGUCCCAAACCUGAAGACGCAUCUGCAAAGACUAGGGUCUCGUCUUCACAUAAAGGUUCGUCGGCACGUUCCCGAGAUCCAGAGCAAACGAAAAUUUCAAGCCAGGUGGACGACGGCAAAACCACAUCAAUAAGUUCUAAUGGAGAGAAAGUAUCGACAAAAAAACCUGAUGCCGAUGUACACCCGGACGAACGAUUGAGCACAAGCAUGAAAGAUGAUCUCCCACCUUCCACCGUCAAGGUUGCUUCUGACAAAGGAAGCAUAGUCUCUUUGCGACAAGGACGUACAAGUGAGAUUGAAGAUUCGAAGUCACUGCGUUCUUCAGAGCAAAAACCUAGUUCAGUAAAAUCGGAUGGAAAGGUGGUUGAUAAGGACAAAGGAAUAUCCACGGAACUCCCCGAAAGUAAAGGCGUUUCUCUGGAAAAGGACGUUCAAACUCCAUUGCGUUCUGAUGACUUGAUACAGCCAGAGGUUUCCUCUAAGAAGGACACUACACCGUCAAAAGAAGAUGGCUCAGAGUUAAAUGUUUCCGACAAGGCCGAUACGGAGGUACAUCUACAAGAUAAACUGAGCGAAAAGGAGAAAGAGAAUAGCACAACUCGUUCAAAAUUCGAUGACGAAAAACAGCCGAAAGAUUCAUCCUCACAAGUGACCAAAGAUGAAAAAAUACAAAAGAAGGAGGUACUUGGUGAGAGUGUCCUUAAAAAGAAGAAACGUAGAAAAGAGGCCCGUAAGAAGAAAAGAACUGAUAGAAGUGAUAAGUCUGGCACAAAAGAAUCUUCCUUACAGCUGAGCCAUCCUUCAAAAGAUGUAGGAGACACACCCCUCGAAUCACUGACUUCGUCAAAACUGAAACAAUCCAGGCAAAGCGACAGCAGUGGACAAACGCCAAAAGAAAUAACAAGUAUCAAGAAGAACUUAUUGAAAAUCAUGCAAAGGUCCAAACAGCUGCAGAAACUCGAAAAUGAUCAUCGCAAAACAAAGGAAGAGGAAGAAAAGGAGGAAAUCCCUUCCCAAAAAGAUGAAGCUCCGAAGAAAAAGGAAAAGCCAUCCCGCAUUGCUGUACUUAGAAAGAAGAAAGAAACUGCAACCGACAGCUUGUCUACUAGUUUUCGCAUCAAAAUACAAAAGAAAGAGGAAGAACAGGCAUCAAUCCUUCAACCGGAGGCUACUUCUGAUAGAACGGACAGCACCGAAUCAGUGCCUCAAAACUUAGGGAUGUUGAUGAAUCUUGACAAAAUCAAAGAAAGGUCCAAACAUCUCCAGAACUUAGAGAAACAAGAUCUUACAGUCACGACAGAUAUUGACAUGGAGUCAUCUGUGCCGGAAUCUUCCGAGUCUUCCGUAUACCACAAGGAAAUUAUGUUUGAAAGCCCAAUCGAGUCGGCAGAGUCAAAUGAAUCAAAGAUUCUUAAACCUUGGACUUGGUUUAGCCCUGGAGUCACGCCGACUGCAUUUGAAAAGGUGAACAGUUACCUUGGCUUCGGUCCCAAAGGAGAUUCCCCCGGAGCAGAAUCGCUCGGUCCGAUAAGUGAGUCAAGCUCUUCUUUUAAGGAUACGGAAAGUCAAAUUGAAGACAUACCGGACGAUAGUAUCACCCAUGAAAACGACGAUGUCUCAGAGUUGCCUCCCAAGCCGAAGAAAUUUUUGAAAAAUCUAGCAAAAAUCAUAGAAAGAUCGAAACAACUUCGGGAUAUGAAAAAACAAGGUGUAAAACCCGCUUCACCUACUGGAAAACCUCCAACAAGCUUUGACAAAUCAGGGAAGCUAAUUGGCAAAAGUUACGCUGGUUCUGUCCCCUGGUCAAAGGGUAACAACAGUGACAGUGGCGAAGACGACGGUGAACAAAGUACAAAGAAAACUGAAGGGAAGGCCUCCACAAUAACUCAAAAAGCCUUAACUGGAACAUUUUUUGAUAACAAGUCCUAUUUUGCAUCGACGGUGGAUAUCUCAAUCAAAAUCGCCAGUGACGGAGAAAGCGAAAACGAUGGCUCUACCGCAGGGUUUGGAGACCAUUCUACGUAUUCAGAGUAUUCGUAUACGGACACUCUAAUGGAAAAAUCAACACUUAAAUCACACAAAUCAUCCAUCCUCCGAGCUACCAAUACUACAGUCACAGCCAGGCUCAAGUCUACCGAAUCCCAGAAAGGUAAAAGAAAGGAGUCAACUGAAUUUGGUCGGGUAACACCCAUAUCUGAAAGGGAUCCUUCAAAACAGACAAAUGAUUCCAGACAGUCUCAUGAAACAUCAACUACGCCUUUAAAAGAAAAGAGAGGCGUCAUUAUUGAUGUAGAUGAUGAUGAAAACGGAAUGCAAGAAAAAACCAUGGACGCCAGUAACAAUAACGCUGUUUCGAAUCAAAAGCAAUCUGUUCAAUCGACUGACAGGAUCAUACACAGCAAUUUAGAGAAGAGAAGUGGUGCUGCAUCUGUGAAUGAUUCCCAGCGAGAAGAAAGUGCUGGCAGUCAGAAAUCAAUAUUUUCCAAGAAUUCAUCAAUCAAACAUGGCCAAAGAACGAGCCCUCAUACACCAGCAACAGUAAAGAGUGGGGUUAUGAUAAGCGACAGCAGGAUGAAACCAAUACCACCGGAUCAUAAAAAGAUGGCACGAUCAAGUACAGCUGACACUACAGCAACUAUACCAUCCGCAAGCCAAGUAUCAUCAAAGAAAUCUGUAAAACAGAAGGAAAAAGAUUCGACUGAAGACAACAAUGACCUCCCAUCAAGCCACAGCGGUAGCUCUUCACAGACGCCCCAAAACACUGGAAGAAUCUAUAAAGACUUGGAGAAUAUGUGGAAGAAAUACGGAAACCUUCAGAAUCAAAAUAAACUCCAGAGACCUGACAGUAGAGGUUCAGAGUUAGAUGCAGUAUCCCCAGAUGAUAAGGGAAAUUUUCAUAGAAAUGAAAACAACACUGAUGAACUCCGAGAUAGAUCAGACCAGGAAGAAACAUCAGUCAGACUAGAAGAUAAAGAUGAAGAUGCCAUGAAACCUCCCAGUAGAUCUGAAAAUGACGAAAAAGAUUCAAACCAUGGAAAGUCAUCAAUGUCCACGAAAUCCUCUAGAAAGACGCCAGAGGAAGGGUAUCUCGGAGCAACAACAAUUAGCGACGUAGACAAGUCUCACGUAAAGUCCCAAACGCCACAAAUUGUUUCGAGAAUAGGGACUCAUAAAAGUGAUACAUUCGAUGGAGAUAGAGCCAGUGCUCCACCUGGACAGCAAGUAGCUAGUAAACAGUCAUCAACCUUUCCAGACCAACAUUCUUCUGCUGCAAGGAAUGCAAUACCUCUUACAGCUGAAUCGAAGCGCAGUGUCGUCUCGAGUGACAGGGCUCGAAAAACUUCAGGCAAAUCAGCAAAAUCGGAAGUAAGUCAGAUUGCCGGACAACCUGCAGUUCUUGCGACUGAGCUUAAAACACCUUCAUCGUCUAGAAGUGCAACUUCGAUAAAAUCGCCUUCAAGAGGAUCUGUAAAUAAGCAAGGGGCUGGUAAUGUUCAGACAAGGUCAAGCGGCCAAGAAGAAUUAAGAAAAGGGUCUAGUCGAGCGGAACCUAUUAGCGCCCCUGUUACACGAGAGAAGUCAUCAAGUGUCACUUCCACAAGUGAUACACCCCAACAGAUGUCUGAUCUUGAAGAGCAAAUUUCUGUUUUAAAAGAGCCCGAAUCUAAGCUAUCAAGUUCCACUGAACGACCAGAGUCUUUAGCCUCGUCAUUUAGGAAAGAAAGAGCGGCAUCCAACAAGUCUUCAUCUACAGAAAGGAAAAUUUCCAGGGCUCACAAUAAAUCUAUCAGAUCGAUUGGGUCAGGAGAAAUAUCUAGCAGUCAAACUCCCGUCGUUAAUGAAGCAGGAAGCGAGCGCAAGGAAGAAAGUUCUGUGACAGGUGCAACAAAUCAUGCUGUGGCCUGCUGGUCAAAGAAGGAUACACGGCAAAGCGCUACUUCGAAUGCAAGUAAAGACGUAUCACUAUCUGAUGACAAACGCACUCCUAUAGUUCGUAGUACUACAUCAGAAGAGAAUAUAACCCUUCAGUUACCAGAAUCUCGAAAAUCGACGAAGGAUUCUAACCGACGAAGUUCACAUUGUAAGACGAUGUCGAGAGAUGUUGAUCGCAGAUCCGUAACAAGUUCGGCUGACUCUGGUGUGACACAUGGCGUACAAGAUGCAGCUCCACAGGCAGAAGAGUUUACCAAAGUAACCCCAGCGGAAAGAACUAGCCCUCCUUUUGAACGGAAAGCACCAUCGGUUGAGAGUGAAAGCACAAGAGAAUUUGUUACAAGUGAUCGAGUUGCGCCAACACAAAUUCGAGAGGAUACACCAGGGAAUAUUAUUUCAAAGAUGUCUAGAGAGACCUCCAAUAUCACAAAACAGCAUCUUACACCCAGUCAAAGAGAAACUCUUGUACCCAUGUCUUCAGUUCGAUCUGCAACUGCCAUUGAGUACUCUAUUGAUAAUAGUGUCGGGGGAAAUAAAACGAGUCCAGGAAAACAUAUUUCGCAGAGCCUACCUGAUUUUACAGCAAGUAUCAAUGUUGCCAAGCAUUCAGAAGGGAAACAACCUACGUCAAGGGGCGGAUCUGAACGAGAGCCAGACCAACCAAUUAGACAGGAUAGGAAUAGCGUAAAAUCUUCAAAUGAAGUCGCAACUACUGUUGAAGGAUCUUUUUACGGCGAUAAAAGAGACAGAAGCUCUAUCCAGGAAACACCUAAGGUAUAUGUAAAACAAAACUUGACUACCUCUCCGGUGGGUAGCACUAACAGCAAGACGGAGCACAAUAAUCCUUUGACAGAAGCAGAUCAGCAAACACCGGAAGGCAAUUUAUCGCCUAUCUCACUGCAUAACACAGCUCGUAGCCCUACUCCUUCAUUUAGAGGGUCUGUUUCCGAUCAGGAUGGUGUCAGACCAAGGGGGUCGGAGUCACAUGGUGAUAGUACUCAUGUUCAUGAAGAAGCACAGCUCCUUGGUCAAACCUCCCCAAGUCUCUCCAGUGUUUAUCAGAACAUUCUCAAUCGUAGCCCUACUCCUUCAUUUAGAGGGGCUGUUUCUGAUCCAGAUGGUUGUAGUCCCAGAGGACCAAACUCAGCUUAUAACAAACCGGACCAUUCAGAAGUUGAAGGUGGUGACCAAUCGGGCACUCCUACAGAUUCCGUACCUACCAUCUACAGCCAGGCAUCAGCUCUAGACAUCAAAUCGCCUCGACCACCAACUGGACCAAAACAUUCUUCGGUUAGAAGAUCGUCCAGAGUCAUCAAGUCAAGCGAUGGGCAUGACCUUGUAUCCCGUUCUUUAGGCUCUUCAAUAGACGGAAGCUCAAAGGAUAUACUGGAAAAUAUAAUAAACCCGAAGUCAAACUUAGGUUCUAGAGCUUCAAAGGUGACAGAAAAUAUAGUCGGAGCACCUAUUCAAUCACUUAAAGACAAUAGCAUUCCGCGGGGAAGUUCUAAACAGAUUUUUACUCCGACCAAGAAGCUUGAUAAAUUUCAGAGUUCUUCACAAAAAUUAGAAACAAAUCCAAAUAAAUCAAACUUAUCACGUAAAACAAAGAGUGCUGGAGAAUCUUCAAAAAUGGUCAGCAAAACAAUACCCGCUGCAGGGAAGAAGUCUUUAUCUUCAUCAACUGGUGCAUUGCAAUAUGAACGCAUCACUAGUGGAUCGAGGCAGUCGGUAGGUUCCAUACAUGAAAGUGUUACAAUUGGAAGUGGAAGCGAAAGAGGAACUCCCAAACAAAAUGGACAGAUAUACCAUGAUUUAGAAAACAUGUGGAAAAACUAUGAGCACCUGAAAGACAUUAACCAGCUGGACCAUAUGAGUAUGCCUGGUGAAGAAAAUGAUGACAUGCAUCACUCACAUGGUUCUCAGAAUGAAGGCGAUGAAUCAAAAACAUUACUUGAUGAACAAACUAGAUCCCCGCUUGGUCUUAAUCUUGCUAGUGAUCGACGCACUAUUUCUCACACGUCGUCAGCCAAAAGUCGAAUGCCGAAGAAGACACCAACCGAUUCACCUUCAGGUAAGACAAGGACACCAUUUGGGGACCAAGAUCCUAUAUUCCUGAAGAAUACACCAUCCGGUUCACAGUCGAGUCAGAAAGCGAACAUACAAGAUGUUACCAGAAGUUCUACGAUGAAGUCUCAAGAAAAGCCUGAAUCACCUACAUUAUUACAAAGUUCGCCAGUGGGAGAACAACAUGAUCAAGAUCCUCCAUUGCCGAAGAAGUCACCAACUGAAUCACAGUUGAGUCAAAUAUCAACCAGACAUGAGGUAGUGUCUAGAAAUUCUAUAGCUAAAUCUCAGAUAAAGACUGAAUUACCCGUAUCUAUUUCGAGAACAACAGCUCAAGACCAAGGUUCUCUGCCGCCUAACGAGACACCAAGUGGUUCACAUCCGAGUCGAUCAUCAAACAGACAAGACAUCACUUCCAAACGAUCUUUGAAAUCACAGGCAAAGACAGAAUCACCUUCAUCUGUGAAGGAGACCUCCCUGGACAACCAAAACGAUUCACUGCAACAUAAGGCUCCAAGCGAUUUAGAAGUCGUUUCCAGAAGUUCUUCUGUGAGAUCCAAAGUUAAAUCACCUUCAUCUGGGAUACGGUCUCCAGUGGAAGGAGAGGAUUCUCCACUUCGGGAGAAGACGCUUAGUGCGUCGCAGCUGAAUCAAACAUCAAACAUACGAGACGUUGCUACCAGAAGUUCUUCACUAAAAUCUCAGACCAAGGUUAUAUCACCAGCAACCUUGAUCCCGUCUCCAAUGGAAGACCACAGUUUCACAUUGCCGAACAACCCUUCAUCUGAUUCGCAGUUGAGUCAGUCAUCAAAAAGACAAGACAUUACUUCCAGAAAUUCAAUGAAAUCUAAAGCAAAGCCUGAAACACUUUCAGUUCUGACAUGGACACCCGUUGGAGGCCAAGGAUCCCCAUUGCUUAAGGAGACUCCACCUCAUUCUUUUAAAUCGCAGACAAAGAACGAAUCACCUACAUCCAUUACUAAGACAGCAGUUCAAGAUCAAGGCUCUCCGUUACCGAACAUGUCACCAAGUGGGUCACCACAUAGUCGAACAUCAAACAGAAACGACGUUACUUCCAGAAAGUCUUCUGUGAAAUCUCAGGUAAAGAAAGAAUCACCAGCAUCUAUGAUGAAGACUCCGGUGGGUGACCAAGUCUCCCCGUUGCUAAAGACACCAAUGAAUUCACAGCCGAGUCAAACAUCAAACAGAAAAGACGUCACUUCGAGAACGUCCACUAUCAAAUCACGGACAAAGACCAAGUCACCCUCAUAUAUUACAGAGACCCCAGUUAAAAACCAGGACUCGCCAUUGCCAGAGAAGACACAUCUUAAUUCACAGUUGAGUCAAACAUCAAAAAGACGAAACGUCACUUCCAGAAGUUCUGUACAGUCUCAGGCCAAAACCGAAUCGCAAGCAUCUUUUGCAAGAACCCCAGCGAAAGACCAGGACUUGGCAUUGCAGAAAAUGACACCACCUGAUUUACAGUUAAGCCAAAAGUCAGACAUCGCUUUCCGAAGUUCUACUCAAAGUGUUGAGCAGCAUUCCAUUCCUACUGCAUCACCUAUAUCUAUUUCAAAGACAGCAGUUCAAGAUCAAGGUUCUCCGUUACCAAACAUAUCACCAACUGGGUCACAGCAAAGUCGAACAUCGAACAGAAACGACGUUACUUCCAGAAAGUCUUCUGUGAAAUCUCAGGUAAAGAAAGCAUCACCAGCAUCUAUGAUGAAGACUCCGGUGGGUGACCAAGUCUCCCCGUUGCUAAAGACACCAAUGAAUUCACAGCCGAGUCAAACAUCAAACAGAGAAGACGUCACUUCGAGAACGUCCACUAUCAAAUCACGGACAAAGACCAAGUCACCCUCAUAUAUUACAGAGACCCCAGUUAAAGACCAGGACUCGCCAUCGCCAGAGAAGACACAUCCUAAUUCACAGUUGAGUCAAACAUCAAAAAGACGAAACGUCACUUCCAGAAGUUCUGUAAAGUCUCAAGCCAAAACCGAAUCGCAAGCAUCUUUUGCAAGAACCCCGGUAAAAGACCAGGGCUCGUCAUUGCAGAAAAGGACACCAUCUGAUUUACAGUUAAGCCAAAAGUCAGACAUCGCUUCCCGAGGUUCUACUGGGAAAACCCAGACAAAUUUUGCAUCACCUAUAUCUAUUUCAAAGACAGCAGUUCAAGAUCAAGGUUCACCAUUGCCGAUCAAAUCAUCAGCUGGGUCAGAACAGAGUCAACUAUCAAACAAAAAAGAUGUCACUUCCAGAAGUUCUUCUGUGAAAUCUCAGGCAAAGGCGGAAUCACAAACAACAUUGAUGAAGACUUCUCCAUUGCUGAAGGAGACACCAACUGUUUCACUUCCGAGCCAAACAUCAAAGAGACAAGACAUUACUUCUAGAAGUACUGUCAAAUCUCGUUCAAAGACAGAAUCUAUGACACGGACCCCAGAGAAAGAAAAGGAUUUCCCAAUUUCAAAGGAUACCCCAAAUGUUUCACAUGAUGUCGAUUUUAGAAGUCCGACCGUUAAGUCUCACAUAAAGACGGAGUCUCCCGCAUCUGUUUCAAAGACGCCUGUAGAAACACAAGGUUCACCAUUGUUAAAGAAGACACCAACUGAUUCACAACCAAGUCAAACGGCAAACAGACAAGACAUCGCUUCCAAAAGUUCUUUGAAAUCUAAAGCAAAGACUGUAACACCUUCAUCUAUGAUGAAGACUCCCGUGGAAGACCAGAGCUCUUCAUUGCCAUAGACGACACCAACUGGUUCAAAGUUAAGUCGAUCAUCGAACAAGCAAGACUUCACUUUCAGAAGUUCAACUGUAAAUUCUCCAGCGAAGACAAAAUCAGCUACAUCUGUGAUAAGGACUCCAGUGGAAAGUCACGGUUCUCCACCGCCUAAAAAGACACCAAAAGGUCCGUAGAACUAAACAACUGACAAACAGAACGUCAUUUGUAGAAGUCCAAAACAGUUCGGAAAGUUUCCUCUUUGCCUCCUUCCGGAAAAGAACUUUCUUCUUCUUCUUCGUUUGGUAAAAUGGCAAUUAGUAAACUUUUACUUUUGUUGUCAAUUUCGUCGCA